AUGCAUCAUCAACGACAAAAACGUGGAGCACUGAACAUCGUUGAAAAUAUCGCGAAUGGGCUGUUCGGAGUACUUGAUGAUCAAUAUGCCAAACGGAUGGAAGAGAUUAUUGGCAAACUCCGAGCCCAAGAAAGCAUCACACAUAAAAUCUUGGAGAACCAGACGUCGAUUCUGGAUACCACCAUCAACAUUAUGAGGAGGACGACGAUCGAAACUCAGAAGAGGAUGCAGGACCUAGAAGCCAGUCUAGCCAGAAUCAAGGUGAGGAGUCAUGCGGCUGAUCGAUAUCUUCCACAUGCAGUCUCAGAAUUGGUCGUCGUGGCAAGCCACAUUCGGCGAGUCCAGGAUGCUGUAUUGAAUGUGUUAAUCGGGGCACACGAAGGAAAAUUAAGCCCUGCGUUGGUGUCGGUGGAACAAGUAAAACAGGUGAUCACAAAAAUACAAACACACCUGCCACCAGGACGGCGAUUACCCAUCACCAUUGAGACAGCACGAGACUUAUAUCGACUGGCGACCACGAGGGUACAAGAAACCGAGGACUUAUUAAUGUUCCAUACAAGCGUUCCGUUAGUCGAGGAAGACGAGUUCACAGUGUAUCGGAUGGAGCUAAUUCCACAAAUAACGAGAGAAGGCCUGGUGAUAACCAAGACGGAAACAGGAUAUCUAGCAAUAGAUGAUCAUCGGAAACACCACUUCGCGAUCAAUCAAGAACACUUGAAGCAGUGUAUCAGCAUGACGAAUGGAAAUAAGGUCUGCGAGUUUAAGCAGACGCUCUUUGGCCCGGACGUCCAUCAACUCCCGUGUACAAUGGCAGCAUUAGCAAGACAUCGGGUAAGGGAAUGUAAACCAGAGCCAAUCAAGGGGACCAGUUAUUGGACCUCGAAACCAAUAACAAUGACAUAUGUCUGCUCAGCCGAAAAAGAUCAGAUCAUCAUCGACGGCGUAGGCAAAAUGACAAUCAGGCAAGAUUGUGUGAUCCAAAGCCCGUCACAUUAUUAG